GUCGUGGAGCACUGUGGGAAUGCGCGGGGUGCGACGGAAGAGCUUUCCAAUUCUGCUUCCGGGCCCCGCCUCCGGCACGCUCAGCGAGCCCAGGGAGAUCCCGCCCUUGCACGCCUGCCGCGGCAAGAUGGCGGCGGUGGCGGAAAUUUCUGACAAUCAGACCUGUCUACAAGCAGCUGGCAAGGCUGCUUUUCUACGCUAAAACCGAGGAGCUGACUGGCACCAUGAAAGUCUUCUGCGGGCGGGCCAACCCGACCACGGGAUCUGUGGAGUGGCUGGAGGAGGAUGAGCAUUAUGAUUACCACCAGGAGAUUGCAAGGUCAUCCUAUGCUGAUAUGCUGCAUGACAAAGACAGGAAUAUAAAAUAUUACCAGGGUAUCCGGGCUGCCGUGAGCAGGGUGAAGGACAGAGGACAGAAGGCCUUGGUUCUUGACAUUGGCACUGGCACAGGACUCUUGUCAAUGAUGGCAGUCACAGCUGGUGCCGACUUCUGCUAUGCCAUUGAGGUUUUUAAGCCUAUGGCUGAUGCUGCUGUGAAGAUUGUGGAGAAAAAUGGCUUCAGUGAUAAGAUUAAGGUUAUCAACAAGCAUUCCACUGAGGUGACCAUAGGGCCAGAUGGUGACAUGUCAUGCCGUGCCAACAUUCUGAUCACGGAGCUGUUUGACACGGAACUGAUUGGGGAGGGAGCACUGCCCUCCUAUGAGCACGCACACAGGCAUCUUGUGCAGGAAAAUUGUGAGGCAGUGCCUCACAGAGCAACCGUCUACGCACAGCUGGUGGAGUCCAGGAGGAUGUGGUCAUGGAACAAGCUGUUUCCCAUCCGUGUUCAGACCAGCCUUGGAGAGCAGGUCAUUGUCCCCCCCUUGGAACUGGAGAGGUGCCCUGGUGCACCCUCUGUCUACGACAUUCAGCUGAACCAGGUGUCGCCCACUGACUUCACUGUCCUCAGCGACGUGCUGCCUAUGUUCAGUGUGGACUUCAGCAAGCAAGUCAGUAGCUCAGCAGCCUGCCAUAGCAGGCAGUUUGAACCUGUGGCAUCCGGUCGAGCUCAGGUGGUUCUCUCCUGGUGGGAUAUUGAAAUGGACCCUGAGGGGAAGAUCAAGUGCACCAUGGCCCCCUUCUGGGCACACUCGGACCCAGAGCAGCUCCAGUGGCGGGACCACUGGAUGCAGUGUGUGUACUUCCUGCCACAAGAGGAGCCCGUCGUCCAGGGCUCAGCCCUCUGCCUGGUAGCGCACCAUGAUGACUACUGUGUGUGGUACAGCCUCCAGAGGACCAGCCCCGAAAAGAACGGGAGAGUCCACCCAGCGCGCCCUGUGUGUGACUGCCAGGCUCACCUGCUCUGGAACCGGCCUCGGUUUGGAGAGAUCAACGAUCAGGACAGAACUGAUCAAUACGUCCAGGCCUUGAGGACGGUGCUGAAGCCAGACAGUGUCUGCCUGUGUGUCAGUGAUGGCAGUCUGCUCUCCAUGCUGGCCCAUCACCUUGGGGCAGAGCAGGUAUUUACGAUAGAGAAUUCAGCAGCUUCUCAUAGACUGAUGAAAAAAAUCUUCAAGGUUAACCACUUGGAAGAUAAAAUUAAUAUAAUAGAGAAACGGCCUGAAUUAUUAACACCUGCAGACUUGGAGGGUAAAAAGGUCUCUGUCCUCCUGGGUGAGCCGUUCUUCACCACCAGCCUGCUUCCAUGGCACAACCUGUACUUCUGGUAUGUGCGGACUGCUGUGGACAGGCACCUGGGGCCUGGCGCCGUGGUGAUGCCCCAGGCUGCCUCGCUGCACACGGUGGUUGUGGAGUUCAGGGACCUGUGGCGGAUCCGGAGCCCCUGUGGUGACUGUGAAGGCUUCGAUGUGCACAUCAUGGAUGACAUGAUUAAGCGUGCCCUGGACUUCAGGGAGAGCAAGGAGGCCGAGCCCCACCCGCUGUGGGAGUACCCAUGCCGCAGCCUGUCCGAGCCCCAGCAGAUCCUGACCUUUGAUUUUCGGCAGCCAGUCCCCACACAGUCUGUUCGUGCCGAGGGCACCAUCGAGCUGAGGAGACCUGGGAGGAGCCACGGGGCCGUCCUGUGGAUGGAAUACCACCUGACGCCGGACAGCACGGUCAGCACCGGCCUCCUGAAGCCUGCAGAGGACAAGGGGGACUGUUGCUGGAACCCCCACUGCAGGCAGGCCGUGUACUUCUUCAACACCACACUAGACCCCAGAGUGCCACCAGGUGGCCCCCAGACUGUCACCUACACCGUGGAGUUCCAGCCCUGCACUGGAGACGUCACGAUGGAUUUCACGCUCUCAGAUGCCCUGGACCGUGGCUCCUUGCUCCAGAUGUGGUGAGAAGCCGGCAUUGCUUUGGAGCUGAGGAGGGGCCAAGGAGCCCACCCUGCAGCGGUUUUGAAGUGCUCAAAGCUCUAAGGCUACAGUGUCCCUCCUGCCCAGCCUGGGAGCGGAGCCAGAGGUAAUGGCACCAAUCCACAUUUGUAAGGGUCUGGCCUCUGUGUGCAGCACCAGCAGGUGACCAAGACCAGCACCUGGACACCAGGCUGCCCUUCAGAGGACAGGGAGGAGGCUGUCCCAAAGCUGUUCCUCAGAUGCAGACCCAGGAAACCAGCCAUCAGAAGGGAGCCAGGAGCACCAGUAAAGGAAAACAAAACAAAACAAAACAAAAGCAAGACACCUCUCUUUUCAAAAUAUUUUAUCAGUUGUAAAGAUUGUUUUUCUUCUAGGGAAGCAUCGUCUGGAUAUAUAUUUGAUAAUGUUUUUAC